AUCAACCAAUAGGAGCGCUUACAUUUGUUAACCGUUUAAAAUAUUCAAAAAGAGUAAAUUUUUUGAGUGAAAAAAUUUCUUCAUCUUGAUGAUCUUAAUUAGAUUUUGUUCUUUUUUGUUUAAUUAGAUUUUUUUUCUUCAUCGCAAUUUGUUACAGGUUAAUUAUCUAGAAUCUUAAGUUGAUGAUGAUUAAAUCGCGAAAACAAGUUAAACUCAAACAAACGUCUAAUGCUGACACUUUGUUCAAAUUACCAGUUCCUAUUCCAGAGCCACCAAGGUUUUUCUGCUAAUUUACUCUAAUUUGGGAAUUAGAUUUUAGAGAUUUAUGAGAAUAUGGUGAAUGUUAAACCCUCAGUACCUGAUCUCAGCAUUAACUUUGAAGACGAGAAAGAAGAAGCUGCUCAUUUAGGACUAAAUUUCGAUUAUCGUCAACACCGACCAGAGGUGGAAAUGAUUGGUAACAAAUCACCUGAUUAUAAAGAAAUUGAAAUUCUUAAUGAAAUAGCCCGGAUAAACCAGAGAUUACAACUCAAUGGAUUGAAAGAUAAUCAUGUAACAAAGGAAACCUCACCAAGAAUACCUACCAGCAGGAAUGGAAAGGAAACAAGCCCGAAAGAAAAAAGUGCCAGUCGAUUUAGUGUUAGUCCAAGUUCAUCUGGAAAAUCUUCCAGAGACUUGGUGUAUGAUUUUGCAUCUUUGAAUGCAGCCAUGAAAAAGCAAGAUGAAAAAAUAGAUAAACUUGCUGAUAAAGUUCAACUACUUUUAAGUUUAACUUUUAAAAAAAGAGAACCAGAGAAAAGAUCUAUUGGUACAAUGACCAAUUUUCCCGUUAAAUCUCGACCAGAUAAAAGUGUAACCCCAAGAAGAGUUUCAGAAAGAUCGAAGAAGAAAAUCUCUGACAGUGGACUAAUAACAUCUGAGAGUGAAAGUCGAUCAGAUGGAAGUGAAUUGCGAUCUCGAUCAAAAGUGAGGGAAGAAUUUUAUGAGAAAAUUUUACGAAAUGUUGACCAAAGGCUAUCAAAUAGUCGAAGUGAACAAAGUGAUUCUCUCAGUAGUAAUUCACCUCCCCGAGUGAACCGAAGUCUUCCAACAUCAUCAAAAACAGCCGAUGAAUUUGAUCUAAUCAAUAAAUUAGCUGAAAAAUAUCUUAAAGAUGUGAAAGGAGAAAAUAACAACAACAAUAAUAAUAUGAAAACAUCUCGUCGAGGUUUAAUCAAGAAAACUAGUCUUUCCGAAGGAGAGGAACAAAAAUUAAGGAGAAGCAAAAGAUCAUCUCGCCAUCAUCAUCAACCUGUAACCGUCUCUGAUUUUACGGAAGAACCUUCGAUAGGUGCUGUUAAUUACUUCGAAAAAUAUGGUUUAUACGACAAUUAAAUGCAAAAAGAAAAAUUUCCAAUAUUAAUCAACAAAUUCUCUUCAUGAUGUUCAUUCAUAAUCAUCGAAUCAUCUGUUACUUUCAUCACUAAUUUAACCGCAUCAUCAUAUUUUCCUCAUAUUAAUCAGAUAUUUUCUAAUUUGUUUGCCAACCUUUUCAUCUUCAUUCUGUAAAUUAUCAAUAUCUAAAUCUAAUUGUUGAAUUAAAACAAUGAUGACACUAAA